AUGCUUGACCUCGAAUUGCUCCAUUUCUGGAUGACCCAAUCCGUAGUGGAUUUUGGAGGCCGCGCUGAAAUCACCACCCUCUUCCAAACCACAAUCGUCCAGAUCGCAUUUGAGUAUGAUUUUCUAAUGCAUGCAAUGCUCUCGCUGGCCGCCUGCCAUCUAUCUCAUACCCGGCCACAGAAGUCGUCCAUGUACCGUUAUGCGUCCGACAGGCACGCUGCGAUAGGGCUAUCCUUGUCCCAGCCGCACAUCCUCAAUCUCGACGAAACCAACUGCCACGCAUGCUUUGCGUUCUCAACAAUCACCUUCGCCCAUGCCUGGGCCUCACAAGACCGCACCAAACCAUCAACACUAUUCUUCACGCCCUCUCAAGCUGAUGAGGAGGCGGAUACCCUUCAGAUUAAAUGGGUGAAGCUCCAUCGGGGGACGCACUCGAUAUUAGGUUCGGUAUCCCCCACCCUUCGAAAUGGUCCAUUGAAACCUUUGUUUACCCCUUGGGGGCGUGUCGAUCCAAAUCGGCCUAACUUACUCCAAGACGAGGAUAAGAAGUGGAUUGAUGACUUGUCCGAAGCAUGGAGUUCUUCCAUGAUGUCCGAAGCACAGAAGGCAGUUAUGCCAGCCGCUCUCGACACGAUUCGGAGAGUAUUUAGCAUGUUGACCUAUUGCGAAGAGGUCGAUAAAACAUCCUGUAUUAUGUCCUGGUUCUCGCGCGUGUCUGAUGAAUUUCUGGAGAUGUUGGAGAACAAAGUCCCAGAGGCGCUGUUGUUAGUGGCGUAUCUUUCGGUGGCACUGAAAAGAAUAGGUUAUCUCCGCCAGUGGUGGCUAGAUGGUAUGGCAGAGAACUUGCUGGGAACAAUUCUAAAUGAGCUUGGAGAGGGUUGGGAGCGAUGGACAAGUUGGCCUAUAGAGCAAGUGUUUACGCGUAAAGGUAUUCAGGAUUAUAGGGGAAACAUCGUGGGGCCUUAG